AUGCCCGCUCUAAUGGAACAGCAAGGAGUCGCCUGGCAAGAAGACAAUUUCGACUGGCUGGAGACUAUAGCCCAAAUUGCCCAUAAACUUGGCAUUUCAAUUCUCAUGCAAAUUAUUUUGGACAUUGACUUUGCCAACAAUAGCCGUAAUCGUUUGUAUAUCUCCCAACAGGAAUUUCCGUUGGGUGCCAAAGCCUCUUACCAAAACAAGGAAAACAAUCCCCUAAUGUAUAUCUUUCGGGUGGAGACUGCCAGGCAGUUAAAGAUGUAUUUGAAACUCGACAUAACAUUAGCUCGCAAGGUAGCUAAAGACAUAGUCGACUUUGAGAGUAUGUUGGCCGAAGGUAUGGCAGAUGAGCGAGAUGACUUGAAUAUGAACGAAAUGUACAAGGCAUCCACUUUGGAGGAGGCCCAGGCAGAAUAUGCCCCGCACAUGGAUCUCAGGAAACAGGCUACGGCCAUCUUGGAUACUUUGCCGCCGAAUAUCGAGGGUUAUGCUAUGCACGGUUACUUGGAGCAGCUCUUCAAAACCAUAUCCAAAGUUCCCAAAAGUACUGUGGCCAAUUACAUUUUCUUCCAAAUGCUAUCGCGAUUCGUAGUUGAUGUGGAUGAAAGAGAAGCGAAACGUCAAGAUGACUGCCUGAAUAACAUGAAGAAAUAUUUCUACAAGCAUCUGGAUAAUAUGUUCUAUCACCAUGAAAUAUCCAAUGACACCGCAGAGCCUGUUGCUGAGAUGUGGCAGCUGUUGAAGGACUCUUUCCAAACUUCUCUGCAGCAGCUCAAUUGGAUACAGGAGGGUACCCGACAAAAAUCCAUACAGAAACUCCAAGCCAUGAAUCAAGACAUUCUUAACUAUGAAGACCACAAUUUAACCAAAACAUAUGCCAAUCUAAACCUGCUAGACAACGACUACUUGGGAAAUGUUAGGCAAAUGCUUGAGCUAGGGGCCGCCAGCGAGAGAGCCAAAGUAAAUGAACCACCUCAAGUCAAGAAAACCGCUAGUGAGUUGUCUACAUCUCCCGCAUACAUGAAACUUGAAAAUGCAAUCAAAAUUCCGGUGGUCUUCCUGCAGCCUCAUACCACUUUUUCCAAGCAUUUUCCCAAUGCCUACAAUUUUGGAACAAUGGGCUCCGUAUUGGCCCAUGAACUUGUCCAUGGUUUCGAUAAAGAUGGGCAAUAUUUCGACCUGAAGGGUAACAAUCGUCUAUGGUGGGAUGCCGAGUCCAGCGCAGAGUUUGAAACUCAUACCAAAUGUUUAAGAGACCAAUACCGAGGCUUCAUCUAUGAGGGUCAACCCUUGGGGGAUAUACCAAAUCAAGCCGAAAAUAUUGCAGACAAUGGGGGCAUACGCACGGCCUAUCUGGCCUAUUUGAAAUGGUCUGUAGAAGCUGCUGCUGAGAACGAUCAACACAAAUUGAAAUUGAAAACUCUGCCCGGCCUAAGCUACAACAAUCGGCAAUUGUUUUUCAUUAGCUAUGGUCACUUAUGGUGCAAACAAACUCUUAAAGCUUUCAAAACUUCUUUCGCUUCCAUGGACACGCAUGUGCCCAGCAAAUUUCGAGUUAAUGGACCCCUGGCAAAUUUGGAAGAGUUCUCCACAGAGUUCAAAUGCCCAGAGGGCAGUAACAUGAAUCCUGUAAAAAAAUGUAAAAUUUAUUGAAAAUUAAAUUCCACUAAUAAACAAGUAAAAGCGUGCUAAGUUCGGCCGGGCCGAAUCUUGGGAACCCACCACCAUGAA